GUCAGCCAACAAUCUCCUUCCUCAAGUAUUUAGUUCUAAUAAUGGGUCGGCCGGUGACGGAUGACGACAUCGGACUGAAGGUCCUACGCGAGCCUCGAGACACAGACACACAAGCUGCACAGAUUGUUGAUAUCGUCGCGAUCCAUGGCAUUGGGGCUCAUCCAGACGACAGCUGGUGCAAGAAUGUGGGCACCGUGCAGACCCCGCAGUGGGCCAACUGGCUUGAGAAGGAAGAUAUGCUGCCCAAGACGGCUCCACACGCACGCAUCAUGCGAUACGGAUACCAGUCUCAGUGGUUUGGCAAAGGGGCGAUGCGGCAGAAUGCCUCGACAGUAGCGCAGCGGUUGUUGCUGGCAUUGAGACGGAAAAGAGAGGGGUUCCCGUUUCGUCCGCUACUCUUCAUAGCGCACUGCUUCGGUGGGUUGGUAGUUCUAAAAGCCCUGCUCGAUGCUCAACUCGACGAGAAAGAAUGGCCUGGCAUAUUCGCGUCAACGACCGGCCUCGUAUUCUUUGGCACACCAUUUCGAGGGGCGGAGGGGAUGAGCCAGGUGGAGAUGCUUGAAGCGGCGAGAAGAGAAUACCACCAGGACGAAGUGUACACAGAUGUGCUGAAAAUCUUGGAGCCAGGGAAUGAAUUUCUUCAAGCAGUAGUUGAUCAGUUUGGAAAAACGCGGAGGCUUCCAAAUAAGGCACAGGUUGCGUGCUUCUAUGAGCUGAAGCCGAGCAAUGUAGGAAGGAUUGUGGGGAAGGAAGAUCGAGCGAGAUUUGUGGUAAGCGAGAGCUCUGGUUGCCUUGACUUAUCCGACUCGACGAGCAAAUUCUCGCUCUCACGGACCCACUUUAACAUGAACAAGUUUGGAAGUCCCACAGAGGAAGACUUUGAGACUGUAAGCGACGUAAUCAAGAGCAUAAUCGGAGCAUCUUACGAGCUUUUAGCGGCCCGGUUUCAGUGUAACUAGGCACCUUCGUACGCAAUGUUAUUUGAUAAAGGUUGACUAGGCUACAGACUACGGC